CUGCUCUGCUGCCCGCCCCGCCCCUGCAAGUUUAAAUUCCGCUUAACAGCCCCGGCAUUGAGCGCAAAGGCUCCGCUGUGCAGGCAGCCAAUGACGCAUCAGGGGGCGGAGCCGCCUCGCCGCUAUUGGAAGGAAAACAGCCAAUGGGAGAGCUGAGGCGGGGAGGUGCGGCCAAUGGCGCGGGCCUGUUUGAUUCAAAGGUUGCCUAUAAAGCAGGCCGGCACCCCGGCUUUAGUCCUAGGGCUGUCGCGUCCGAGCGUCGCUAUGGCUCUGCUUUCCGAGGGCCUGGACGAGUUGCCCACUGCCUGCCUGUCGCCGUGCGGGCCGCCCAACCCGGCCGAGCUCUUCAGCGAGGAACGGCGUCUGGCUCUGGAGGAGCUGGUGACCCGCGGCCCCGAAGCUUUGGCGGCCUUCCUGCGACGCGAGCGCCUGGCUCGCUUCUUGAACCCGGAUGAGGUGCACGCCAUCCUGCGCGCGGCGGAGCGGCCAGGAGAGGAGGGUGCGUCGGCGGCGGCUGAGGACUCGUUCGGCUCCUCUCACGACUGCUCGUCGGGCACCUACUUCCCCGAGCAGUCGGACCUGGAGCCGCCGCUGCUGGAGCUCGGCUGGCCGGCCUUCUACCAGGGCGCCUACCGCGGCGCCACGCGCGUCGAGGCGCACUUCCAGCCCCGCGGCGCGGGCGCGGGCGGCCCCUACGGCUGCAAGGACGCGCUGCGCCAGCAGCUCCGCUCUGCUCGAGAGGUGAUUGCAGUGGUAAUGGAUGUGUUCACAGACAUCGACAUCUUCAGAGACCUGCAAGAAAUAUGCAGGAAAAAGGGAGUCGCUGUGUAUAUCCUUCUGGACCAGGCUCUCCUCUCUCAAUUUUUGGAUAUGUGCAUGGAUCUGAAAGUUCAUCCUGAACAGGAAAAGCUUAUGACAGUUCGGACUAUCACAGGAAAUAUCUACUAUGCAAGGUCAGGAACUAAAAUUAUUGGGAAGGUUCAUGAAAAGUUCACAUUGAUUGAUGGCAUCCGUGUGGCAACAGGCUCCUACAGCUUUACAUGGACGGAUGGCAAAUUAAAUAGCAGUAACUUGGUAAUUCUGUCUGGCCAAGUGGUUGAACACUUUGAUCUGGAGUUCCGAAUCCUGUAUGCCCAAUCCAAGCCCAUCAGCCCCAAACUCCUGUCUCACUUCCAGAGCAGCAACAAAUUUGGUCACCUCACUGACCGAAAACCACAGUCCAAGGAGCUCACCUUGGGCAACCUGCUGCGGAUGCGGCUGGCUAGGCUCUCAAGUACUCCCAGGAAGACGGACUUGGACACAGAGAUGCCUGCAGAGGGCAAGGCAGAGCCCAAGCCCCAUGAUUGUGAGUCCUCCACUGUUAGUGAGGAAGACUACUCCAACAGCCACAGGGAUGAGCUCCAGAGCAAACAGGCCACUGAUGCUGCCACUCAAACAGAGCCAGGAGAGGGGAUGCCAGGGCUGAGUGUGAGUGAGGUGGGAACACAAACCAGCAUCGCCACCGCCUUUGCUGGGACCCAGACCGCAGUCGCCACCAGGGUAGCAUGCUCUCAAACCAUGCUUUGGUCCACGUCAGCCACCACUCAGACUGACUUGGAUGAGAACAUUCUCUUUUCUCAAGGAACUCAAUCUGCAGAAGGGUCACCAGCCUCAAAAAUGUCUAUAUCAAGAUCUUCCAGUUUGAAGUCUUCCUCCUCUGUGUCUUCCCAAGGCUCUGUGGCAAGCUCCACUGGCUCUCCCACUUCUGUCAGAGCCACUGACUUCCACAAUUCUGUCUAUCCCAAGUACCUGGGCACCCCCCACCUGGAAUUGUACUUGAGUGACUCAUUUAGAAACUUGAACAAAGAGCGGCAAUUCCACUUUGCUGGUAUCAGGUCCCGGCUCAACCGCAUGCUGGCUGUGCUCUCAAGGAGAACAUUCUUGACGGAAAACCACCUUGGCUUUCAUUCUGGCAAUUUCAGCAGAGUUAAUAUGCUUGCUGUUAGAGAUGUAGCACUUUAUCCUUCCUAUCAGUAACUGCUCCGUGUUCAGACUCCUGGUUUCCUCCAGUCUCGCAGUGGACAUCAUCAGCUUCCUGCUUUGAAAAAUAUCUCAUGUCCCUAAUUGCCUUUCUUUUACCUGGCUUUCUUACCCUUGCUGUCUUUGAAUUCUUUUUUUUUCCUACAUAGCAUUUGCUCCUGAAGCUGUCUUUGAAUUCUAUAGGCUGUAUAUUAUUUUACAUGCUUUGUUUUUGUCAUGUAUACACCAGUUACUGGUUUUAUGGUUUAAACACUAUGGAUACAGGUUUGUUUUUUUUUUCACAAUUUUAGUACACUCAUGCACUACGUAAUGAUGUUUUGGUCAAUGACAGACCAUGUACAUGAUGGCAGUCCCAUGAGAUUAUAGUGCCAUAUUUUUACUAUACCUUUUCUAUGUUUAGAUACAAAUACCAUUAUGUUACAGUUGCCUACAGUAUUCAGUGCAAUAACAUGAUAUACAGGUUUGUAGCCCAGGAGCAACACGCUAUACCAUAUAGUCCAGGCAUCUCGGGUUCUGUAAGUACCCUCUGUGCUGUUUGCACAAGGACAAAAUUGCCUAACAAAUUUCACAGAAUGUAUCUCCAUUGUUGGGCAACACGUGACUGUAUUAAUGCCUCAUAAGGAGAAUGCUUAGGUGUUCUAAUUCAGGUGAGAGAUGAAAUAUGUUUUGCAUUUUUCUUAGGUUGUAUGCUCUUGUGUUUUAAAUAUUUGAAUCACCAGCGUUUUUGUGAUCAAAAUCCUAUUUAGAAAAACAAAACUACUUUCUGUUUAUCUCUUUAGAAUAUCUGUGUUCUUAGCAUUAAAUAAAUAUAAACUUGUGCUUUUUGUACUCCCUCC